CUUUGUUUACUCUGUGGUAUAUGCUGUGUUUUCUUUUCUCUGAAUUAAAGUGAUUGAGUUUACUUAUUUAUAUUUAACUUAACAGAAAACCAUCUUUUAUUUGAAUUUAUCGUUUUGCCGGAUCCCAGAUAGUUUUAGACAUAAAUAUCGUUUUCUAUUAAUUUGCAAAACAUGGAAACUAUCCUAGAACAGCAAAGAAGCUAUCAUGAAGAGAGGGAACGUACAAUGGAUGCUAUGGUUAAGGAGAUUUUGCAUAAAAAGACAGGACAUCGCGAAACAAUAAACGGGGACCAUCGUCUGAAAAAUCUACACGAUAGAUAUGUGGAAUCUACAAUAAGACUUAAAGAUUUGUAUGAGGAUAAAGACAGUCUUCGAAAAGAGGAAAUUGCAGCAUUGUCAGGACCCAACGAGUUUCAAGAAUUUUAUUCUAGACUAAAACAAAUCAAAGAAUUUCAUAGGAAACAUCCCAAUGAGAUAUGUGUGCCAAUGUCUGUAGAAUUUGAAGAGUUGGCAAAGCUAAGAGAAAAUCCUGCAGAGGAUUAUACAACACCUGUUGAGUUUACUGAUGAAGAGGGUUAUGGAAAAUAUCUGGACUUACAUGAAUGCUAUGAAAAAUAUAUCAAUCUAAAAGGUAUUGAGAAAGUGGACUACAUAACAUACCUCAGUAUUUUUGACCAUUUAUUUGACAUUCCAAGGGAGCGCAAGAAUAGUGAGUACAGAAAUUAUAUCCGGGCUUUGUUGACUUACUUGAAGGACUUUGUCAGUCGAGUUAAGCCACUGCUCGAUCAAGCUCAAGAGAUGGCUGCUGCUCAUCAGGAAUUUGUCAAACAGUGGGAGACUGGGAGCUUUCCUGGAUGGCCAAAAGAAACCGGCGGUGCCUUGACUAAUGUCGGCGCUCACUUAGAUCUGUCGGCGUUUUCGUCUUGGGAAGAAUUGGCUUCACUUGGCCUGGAUAGGUUAAAGUCCGCCCUUAUGGCUCUGGGUCUUAAGUGCGGCGGGACUUUGGAGGAGAGGGCACAGAGAUUAUUUAGUACAAAAGGUCAAACAGCUUUGGACAAGUCUUUGGUCGCUAAGAAAGGUGGAAAUAAAGCUAAGGCAUCAACUCAACAGAGACACAAAGAUAUUUCUGCUAUAGAAGCACAAGUUUACAGAUUCGCAAAUGUAGUGAGCAGCACACGUGCAGCCACUAUCGAAAAUGUAACCCGUAGGGCGGCUCGCGCGGCUGGAGAGCGUCGCGAUGACAGCGGUGAUGAGAGUGACGCGUCUGCUACUGUUGAUGUUGAUUCUGAUGAUGAUGAAGUGCCAUAUAAUCCAAAGAAUUUACCAUUGGGAUGGGAUGGGAAGCCUAUACCUUACUGGUUGUAUAAGCUUCAUGGCCUAAACAUUAGCUACACAUGCGAGAUUUGUGGCAACUAUACAUAUAAGGGGCCGAAGGCAUUUCAGCGCCAUUUUGCGGAGUGGCGACAUGCACACGGCAUGCGUUGUCUCGGUAUACCUAAUACCGCUCAUUUUGCUAAUGUCACACAAAUUGAAGAUGCACUUGCAUUAUGGGAAAAAAUUAAACAUCAGAAAGAAAACGAGAGGUUUGUUGCAGAAAAUGAUGAGGAAUUUGAAGAUUCUCUGGGCAAUGUUGUAAAUCGUAAGACUUAUGAAGAUUUAAAACGUCAAGGGCUUUUGUGAAUAAACUCCAAUAAUAGUACAAAAAUACAAUAUAAAUAAAAA